ACUCCCAUCGUACCCGGCACGGCACCACCCGCCCGGGCUGCGGUACCGGGGGCUGUGGCGGUGGGUCCCGGGCAGCCGCUACCAGCAUCGCCCCCUCUUCCUCCCCAUCCUUCCCCGCUCCCCCGGGACUAGCAGCCGUGGGGAGCGCGCGAUGGGCGGGGAGGAGGAGAUCGUGCGCAUCGCCAGGCGGCUGGACAAGAUGGUGGCCAAGAAGAGCGCGGACGGAGCAAUGGAUUUACUGAAAGAACUGAAAAGUAUGCCUAUGACUUUGGAUUUACUGCAGUCCACCCGCAUUGGGAUGUCAGUAAAUGCACUGAGAAAGCAGAGCACAGAUGAAGAAGUGAUAUCGCUUGCCAAAUCCCUCAUCAAGUCCUGGAAAAAGCUUCUAGAUGCUUCAGAGGAAAAAAACGAGGAGAAAAAGAAAAGCCAGUCCUUGCCAACAUCAUCCUCAAAGGAGACUGGUAACUCACGAGACCAAAGCUCCAACAAAAGGCAGGAGCCUCCGAAGACUCCGACAACCCCCAAAAUCACCACCUUCCCUCCAGCGCCCAUCACAUGCGAUGCUGUCCGCAACAAAUGCAGAGAAAUGCUGACAGCAGCUCUUCAGGCGGAUGAUGACUACGUUGCCAUCGGCGCUGACUGUGAGCACAUAGCAGCCCAGAUUGAAGAAUGCAUAUACCAGGAUGUCAAGAACACCGACAUGAAAUACAAAAACCGAGUGAGGAGCCGCAUCUCCAAUCUGAAGGACUCCAAAAAUCCUGAGCUGAAAAAGAAUGUGCUGUGUGGGGUGAUCACUCCUGAACAGAUUGCGGUGAUGACCUCGGAGGAAAUGGCCAGUAAUGAGCUGAAAGAGAUCAGAAAAGCGAUGACGAAAGAAGCAAUCCGGGAGCAUCAGAUGGCCAAGACAGGAGGGACGCAGACUGACCUCUUCACCUGUGGAAAGUGCAAGAAGAAGAACUGCACCUACACCCAGGUGCAGACCCGCAGCUCUGAUGAGCCCAUGACCACCUUCGUCGUGUGCAACGAGUGUGGGAAUCGCUGGAAGGUAGUGCACCAAGGCUAUCCCUGGCACUGAGGGGUGGGGUAGCUG